GUGUUUUCUUGGCCAGAAAACGGCGGUUUUGUAAAUAUUUUGGGUGUCGAGGAUGUUGUUGUCCCCGAGUGUCGGCUGCGCCAUUGUUAGUUUUGCUGGCGUGACGUCAUCACGCUAGCUGCCACAUGCGCCCUCAACCUGCUACAAUUCCCUCCCGAAUCCGCCGGCCCGACUCCCGUGGAUGACUGAAUAUGGAGUCGAGUCGAGAGAAGUCGGAGGAGAGUCCUCCGAGCACCAGUGCGCGGGGGGCGUCCAGUAGCCCCAGUGGCAGCAGCACCACCACCAGCAGUACCAACAUCUUCAACACAGCCAGUUUUCUAGCUUCAGGUCAGUCACUGUUCGGGACGUCCACUACGUCCCCCUAUGGCCACAUGCCGAGCGCCUUCUCCAUGUUCGGCACACAUCCCUUCCAGUUCGGGGGACUGGGCAUGCUGGGAACACCCGGGUCACUCAGUCCAACAUCAGGUGCAGAUUGGUGGAGACAAGCCAGCGCGCACGCCCGCACGAUGGCCGGGAUGGGCGCUGGGUUCUUCCCCGGACUGGCCAUGCCGCCGACCUUCGGGAGCAUCGGGUCGCCUCCAGCGUCCUCUGGAUCAGACACAAAAGUAGCCUUUAGUAGUCCGCUGUUCCAGUCAACGCUCAGCUCCCCCGGGGGAAGCCUGUCCUCACCAACAUCGUCCACAAUGAGCUCGACCUCAGGCAGGGGGAGGGGGCGCGGAGGACGGGGCAGGGGGAGACCCAAGGGGAGUAAGAACAAGUCCACACUACUGGCUGAGGCAGCAGCCGCCAAUGCUCGAGCGAACGCUCUGGCAGCCAGUAUGUUCAUCAGUCCCCCUUUGGUCAUGGAAAAACCCAAGGAGGUUUCGGUCAUCAAAAAAGUGGAAAAAGAAAAGAAUAAGGAAAAAACACCCAAAGAGGAGAAAGGAGCCAAGGAUAACAAAGAAUCCAGCAGUGACAGUGACUCUGACAUUAGCACGGGUAGCGACAGCGAAAUCAGUAGCGACUCCGACGAUAGCGACACCUCGGAUAGCGAGGGGGAUGAGGCAGACAAGACCAAGAAGUUAAAAGAACAGCUAAAACAAAAGGAACAAGAGUUGAAGAGAGAACAGGAGCAAUUAAAACAACAACAGAGGGAGGCUCUGCUCAGGAAGCAGUCUCCUUCCCAGGUCAUCAAGUCACCGCCCCACUCUCAGUCCCAGGGCAGUCUGCUGCUGCCUCCCAAGUUGUCACCCGUGACAACCACGAGCUCUGACUCUAAGACAGAGGCCAGCCCUCGCCCCAUCCGGAGUCCAGCGAAGCUCGCCAUCAAACACAGUCUGCAGCAGAAACAGAGAGAGGAACAGCAGAAGUCUCUCAGUCCUCCGGUCCUGACCAAGAUCUCACAGGAGAAACCGUCACAGCCUAAACAGCUGAUUCAGCAGAGUCUCAUGUCCACCAAGCCGAGUGAGGGGCUCGCCCAGAAACUUCUGUCUCAACAGAAAUCACCGAGUCAGCUGACACAAGAGCAGAGAGCAAAGGAGGAGGAGGAAAAACUCAAACAGUUGAAGCUGCAGUUUGAACAACAAAUCAAACAACAACAGCAGCUUUACAAGCUCCAGAAGCGGGCCCAGGCCUUGAGUUCACCAUCAUCAUCAUCAUCCACCAGUGCAGCCACCAACGCCACCAGCAAGCUGUUAGGGACGUCAAAAUCCGCAGCUGUGUCGUCAACUUCAGCUAGCCAGUCCAAAAUCAUACACCCUCAGACCUUCAAGCUGCCAUCUUCUUCUCCCUCCACUUCCAAGGGAUCUGACAAGAAGCAGAAGCCGCUGGUGGCGCGUUUCCGGGGCGUUGCGGAGGAGUCUAGCGACAGCGACUCCGGGGAUGAUAGUGAUGAUGAUGACGAGGACGACUCAGACUCCGAUGAUGACGAUGAUGAUGAUGACGACAGCAGCGAAACGUCUGAGUCCGCGGCGACGCCCACCAAGUCUAGCGAAACCCCCUCGCCAACCAAGAGUGUCAAACGAGCCGCAGAUGUGGCCAUGCCUAACAACUUAGAUGAUGGCUUUAGAAAAAGAAGAAGAAUCAUCGACUUGAGGGAAGUUAGAAUACCAUUGGAACAUGGCUGGAGAAGGGAGACCAGAAUCCGAGCCAUCGGUCCAGGAGGAGGUAUUAAAGGGGAUGUGUGCUACCUCGCACCCUGUGGGAAAAAGCUACGGACGUAUCCCGAGGUUCAAAGGUACCUGGACAGAUGUGGCAUUACAGACCUGACACGGGAGAACUUCAGCUUCAGCCCCAAAACAAACAUUGGAGACUUCAUCGAGUGCAGGAAUGGUGCAAACGGAACAGAAUAUGUGCUCCUAACAGAAGAACAAAUCUUGCAGCGAACAAGAGACGGGGUCCGUAGGGGAAGACCGCCGUCUUCCGACAAGCUGAAGAAACGGGACGACCGCAAGGUGGAACAGCAGGAAUUUGCAAGGAAGGCGGUCGAGAUGAGGAUGAAAAGAAAGAUGGAACAGCAAGCCCUUGUAUCUGCAGAGAUGGCGAAACGGGUGCAAGAAGCCAAGCUGCGGAGGAAAAUCGAGAAACAGGCACAAGUACAGGCUGCCAAGGAGGCCAAAAGACAACAGGCAAUGAUGGCCGCAGAGGAGAAGAGACGACAGAAAGAAAGAAUCAAACUUCUCAAACAACAGGAGAAAAUGCAGCGUCUGGAACAGAUCCGGAUGGAGAAGGAAAUGAAGGCUCAGCAAAUCAUGGAGUAUCAAGUUCAAGUCCAUCUCCAGAAGCAGAUGAAACAGAGGCAGAUCUUGGAAGAGAGGCAAAAAGUGGCUCAACAAAUCUUCAUGGCAAGAAAGAAACGGAAAGAACUUCAAGACAAGCAAAGAUUGGAAGAAGCCAUGAAAAAGGCCAAGUUUCCUGCUGUCACUGCAGCAUGCUGGCAGCCGGGCGUGCACGUGCAAACGUUCGCAUGCCCCUCGUUCGCUACCACGGGAUGGCUGGAGAGAGAAAUGAGAAGACAACAGCAAGUCAUGCUCAAAAACCAGGAAAAGGAGAGACGCAGGCAGCUGCUGUUUCUGGAGAGGGAAAGAAGAAAACAGCACAUGAUGCUGGUAAGAGCACUGGAGGCCAGGAAAAAGGCUGAGGAGAGAGAAAGGAUGAAACAAGAGAAGAAGGUGGAGAAAAAGCUCACCAGGGAGAGAAAGAUGGAGCAGCGUCGUCUUGAGUUGCAGAUUGCCAAGGAGCUAAAGAAACCUGUGGAAGACAUGCAACUCAAGGAGGCAAAGCCCUUACCCACCCUGAAGCGUAUCCCUGGGAUGCAGUUACCAGGCAACGCCUUCGCAGACUGUAUGAUGGUGUUCGAGUUCCUCCAUAACUUUGGUUCUGUGCUGGACAUGGAUGAGAAAGACAUUCCAACGCUUGACGAGAUGCAGCAGGGGCUGUUGGGAGAGGAGGAGGCUGAGAGAGAAGUGUUAGACAUGUUAGCUAACCUGCUGCAGUGUGCACUGAGGGAUCCAGGGGUUAUACCAGGCAUGCAGAGUGCCACGGUACUGCGGGUCCCCCUCCACGAUGCAGACAUCGACCACAGGAACCUGUCUGAGAUCCUCAGGCUCUUCAUACAGGGCAGAAAUGGCUUCCAGGAUGAGAUGAGCCAGCGGUUAGAGACCAUCCCCUUCCAGGCCCACUCCCCCACUCAGAAGGCUGCCAUACUGGCCUUCAUCUGUAAUGAACUACUGUGUAGUAGGGCUGUGGUGGGAGAGAUAGACAGCAGUAUAGAACAUAUGUCCAACCUGAGGAGGGACAAGUGGAUUGUAGAGGGCAAGCUCAGAAAACUGCGCAUCAUCCGAGCCAAGAAGUUCCACCGUCCGUACUCGAGACAGGGCAUGUCCAACGAGAACUCGAACAUGGGGGAGGAUAGCAACAUGUCUGGCACCAUGUCUGUUGCCAACACCCCCGGCAAGGCCAGCAGUAAAGGUGAUGAGGACAGUAAGAUGGAGGAGGAUGAGGAGGAGGAUGAAGACAAGGAUGAUGAGGAGGAGGAUGGGGAGGGGCUAGAUGUGGAAGGAGAGGAUGAGGCGGAGCCUGAAUCAGUUGAGGAGACUGAAAGAAGGAUAGAAAAACUGAGCAAGCAACAGUCCCAGUACCGCUCCAAGCUGUUUGAUGCAUCCCACUCCCUGCGAGCCUUGUGUCUGGGACAGGACCGCUACCACAGGAGGUACUGGGUCCUACCGUGCGCGGGCGGCGUUUUCGUGGAGGGCAUGGAGAGCGCAGAACCCGAAAACAUGGAGGUCGACAAAGAAAACUCUCAUCCACAGGAGAGCAAAGACAAUGUGAUUCCCAAGGAAGCUAAAGAAAAUUCUACAGACGUUAAAGACGUUAAGAAGGAAGAGGAAACUGUAGUAAAAAGUGAAAACAAUGUGGAAACUGCUAAGCAGAAUGGGGACCAAAACUGUGGAAAUCACGACUCCAAAGCUGUGGAAGAAACCAAAGCUAGUGCAAUGUCUCAGGGUGCUUCGGAGAACUUGUUCCUGCAGAAGCCAUCCAAGCUAAGCGAGCUGCUAGACGUGGCGAAACAGGACCCGGACUCGUGUCCCACGGGGACGGAGACGCGGACUUCUCACGACGCGACGGCGGCCACGUCCACGCCACAACAGGUCAGGAUCGGAGGGCUGCAGGCACAAAAAUCAGGCAGUGGGUUUUUAAACAUAGACACCCUUGUGAACAGAACUGACAUGAAGUUGGGCACGUAUAUGUCGCCUCUGCCCAGCUCCAUACAAUUCGCCCCCGGACCUCUCACUGCAGACCAACUUCUCAAAGGUUUGACACAUAAAAUGAAUGGAGACGGGAUGUGGUUUAGCGUCCUUCCCAGAAUGCCUUGUGACGAGACGUCGUUAACGAGGCUACAGCUGCCUUCGGUGGGGAAUGUUGAGAGUAGUAAAACGUCGCCGUCGGGACCGCCCCAGGGUGCAGGGGUGCAGAACUCUGCGUUCUCCCACCCCCAGGUGAAGAGUGCACAGACUGGGUUUGGCUUCACAACAUUCGGGCAGUCUCCACUUAGUGCACAACAGGUGAAUGCUCUGUAUGCCCAGAGAAUGCCUGGGCCCAGCACAUCAGCUUACCAACCUAAUUUCCUGGGGAUGGCACCUAACAUGUGGCUGGGGAUGAAUGAGGUAGAGCCUGCACCCAUCCCCAAAGAAAUGGUGCGAGGCUGGUGGCAGAUGCUGGAGUCAGAACAGAUCCGUGCCCUGCUGAAGGUGCUCCAACCCCGGGGGAUCCGUGAGAGGAUCCUGCAGAAGUCUCUACAGAAGUACAACGACUAUGCAUGCCAGUGCUGUAAGAAGGCCAGGGAAAAUGACGCAAUCAAACUUGAGGAGGUGGAAGAUGACAAGACCCCGCGGGACCCGUCUGGCGCUCCCCUGGAGACGUGGAAGGAGCAGGAGUCAGAGGACCUGGCCUACAAGUUUGAGGUGUCCCUGCUGCAGGAUGUGGAGGACCUGGAGGAGAGGGUGUUCCAGGCCAGUCUACAGGUCAAGGGCUGGAAGCUUCCCCCAAGGAUGACAGCAGACUAUGCAGAUAAAUCAAUUGAGGACAGUGACCUUCAACCCCUUGAGCUUGCCCAGAAGAGAUUAGCAUCCCUGGAGAUGAACCUCGAGAGGAGAUACAUCAAACCUCCGCUCAGUAAAAACGUGCAGAUUAGUCUUGCCACCAUGGGCUUCCCUGAAGAGAACUCCAACUCUUCUACACCACCGAACAGCAGCGAUGAAGACAUUCCCAAUGCCCUGCGGGUGUGGCGUGACGUGGUUACCACGGAGACCACGGCCCCACAGUUGUUCAUGUGCCUGGGCCUGCUGGAAAAGUGCAUUGCCUGGGACAAGUCCAUCAUGAAAGUGUUCUGUCAGUUCUGUCGGAAGGGAGACAACGAGGCCCAGUUACUCCUGUGUGAUGGCUGUGACAAGGGCUUCCAUACGUACUGUGUAAAGCCGAGGAUGACAGUUGUUCCAGAUGGUGACUGGUUCUGUUCAGUGUGUGUAGCAGCUGCAACUGGUGAGGAAUGCUGUGUGGUGUGUGAGAAGAAAGUGACGGUGAAAGCUGCCAGGUGUGAGCACUGUCCCCGAGUCUACCACAUCCAGUGUCUGGACCCGCCACUUAACAAGGCCCCGCGAGGGAAGUGGACAUGUCCAGAAUGCCUCAAAGCUGGGAUCAAAGGUAGGCGGAACAGGAAGAGUAAGGAGACAAAAGAGAAGGAUGCUGGGAACAGCCUGUCGGACGACUGCCCGUCCCCCAUGUACGUGCCUGACAAGAAGGACAAGAAGGCCAAAAACGAGGCGUCCAAGGACUUGGCACCUUGCAGGACAAUCUUACCAGAGCUGGAGAAGCAUGAGGAUGCCUGGCCCUUCUUAGUUCCUGUCAACACCAAACAGUUCCCCCAGUACAGGAAAAUCAUCAAAAAACCCAUGGACUUAUCCACCAUCAAGAAUAAACUCAGGGAUAACAAGUACCGGUCGCGGGAAGACUUUGCGGAGGACGUGAGGCUGAUCUUCGACAACUGCGAAACGUUCAACGAGGACGACUCUGCCGUCGGGCAGGCCGGGCACAACAUGCGGGCGUGUUUUGAGACGCGGUGGUCGGAACUUACGACAGAUGGCGGUUACAGAUAGGAGAGGGAACGCACCGGAAACUGACGAAUCAUCCGCCACGGCCAGUCAUACAGCUUUGCAACGAUACCUGUUAAGAACUUUGAUAAACAUGCCGCUUGAAACUUUGCACAGAUGCAAGCUGAUUUACCAGAAAGAUAAUCCUGACUCUUAUGCUUCUGAUGGAACAAAAGAAAAUUGUGGAAAUGGUGCAUGUGAUAUUGCAGAAUACUCUGACAAACAAAAAAACUUGCUCACAGCAAAACAAAGCUUUACAUGUACAAGGCUGUCUUUGAUGGCCUGGUGUUUUCCACAAGCCAUGCCGAGCUUACCGAUGUACAGAAGUACCAAACACAAUCAGGGAUCUGUGUUGUACAGUGGUGUGAUCAUGUGAUUGUUUUAUGUAGGGUUUUACAAUGCAGGACAGUGUGGCCGUAGGGCAGAUAUAGACUGAUCUCACUGAGUGCAAGCUUAUUUCAUUCCAAGGUGACCCAGUGUCAUAGGGUUUGAAAAACUGUGGAUACAGUUGUUGUGACCUGCAAGAGCAGAAUUACUAUAAAAGAAGCACUGAAAUGUCACACCUGAAUAUCACUCAUUAGAUAUAAAGUAGAUAAAGAAUUGUGUAUGUAUAGAAAUGUUGCAGAAUUGAUCUGAAUGUGGAAUAAACCUAUAGCUUGUAAGGCAGACUUUGAAAGCUGUACUUCUGGCUGAUGAUUGGACAAACAGUAAUGAACUGAUAACAUUGGCUCAUCAUUGAUUGGUUGGCUUAUGCAGUCAGUUGACCAUGUGACUUAUUUUGAAUGUGUUUUUCCUUCUGCUGGUUGUGGGUUAACUUAAACUAAAUGUUAAAUGGUGUAAGACAUUUUAGUGUGAAAGUAGCUAAGUUGAUAGCAUUCCACAGUUUCCUAUGGUGUGUGUUUUACAGGGAGACCCUUUUACUGUAUGUAUUUUCUAGGCUGAAUAUGUACAUGUAGUCGCUGCUUUGGCUGGACUAUUUUGGGUGGUGGUGGGAGAAUGGGUACCUUUAUGCAGUGUCAGUAAAAAAGGGCAAACGACUUUGUUGCUUACAAUCCAAGCAUAGCAACUAUGUUAGACACAAACAUACGUCCAGACAGUAAAACUAUACCUCCUUCACAAAGAUUCUACAGUCUCAUCAUGUUUUAAAAAGUAUUUAAAAACCGAUGCCACACUAUCAUUGGCUGUUUCCUCCUUGACAGUUGGUAGGUUCACACCAUUCUCAGCUCGAACAUUGUAACAUAAAAUUGGACCGUAUGAUACCUCUAGGUGUGACACUUGAAAAUGGCUUCUACCGGAACAGAUUCUAUAUGACUUUAGUUUUGUGAUCCUGUAUUUAUUAGUAACACUUGUUCACUGCCUCACAAUCAUCAUAUUUUCAUAUACCUCAAUAUAAUACUGAAGAAGAUAAUCAAUCAUGCUGUAUAGAAUAGUACCCUGGAUACAAGGAUGUAUAUAGAUACAAGUGUAUUUCACAACUGUUGCGAGGAGCAUCGAUCAUUGCUAUGUAGAUUUUAAAAGCCAUACUGAGCACGAAAUAAUGUCUCUUUCCUAAAUUUCCAAAAAGAGCACUUAUGUACAAAACUUGUAACUCCACUUUGGCACUUGCUGGAUUGGUUCUAGAUUUAGUACGCUUUGUCAACAAUUGAUUUUCCUUAGACAAGUCAGUGUCAUAUUGUUUAUCUCAAAUCAACAUUGUUGCAUUUUGUUUCAAAGCAAAGCAAAACACUUGUAUUGACAUUUCUAACUCUGAUAUCUGAAAUCCUACAAAUUUCCGUGGCUGCUGGUAUAGAUGCUUUAGAUAUUGUGUAGAGGUGUUAGUAAAAUUUUCUACGAAAUGAAUUUCAUUUUGAUGUUUUGUUGCCGUAUUAAUGAAUGCUGUUUUUUGGUCAAAUUUGUAGAUAUUUUAGUUUGUAUUGUUUGUUACUGCUUUUUUUUACUGGAAAUUGUUCACGCAUGUCUGAAAUGAGAUGGAGAUUUUGUGUCUUGUCAUGAAGGAGAAUAGAACCUGCUUUAUGUAUGGAUAAGUAAUUUCAUAUCAACAUACAAUAAGCAGGUAUUCACUUCAUAUAAGCGCUGUUCACAUCCGUAUACAAUAGAUAACCCAUGAGUAUGGAGUCAUCAACACUUUUGCAUACACGUACGUCACCCCACAAGUUUAGUGUGCUUGAACCAUUUUUCUCGUGGAUAGUGUUAGCAAUACUUGAACAUUGUGUACAGUGAAGUACUGUGUCAGACAUGUGAAAUGGGCCAGUUGUACAGAUGGUUUUUUGCAGUUUCAACAGGUAAGCCAGAAGGAAGAAUGUUUAGGUGAACUUGAUCACAUUUUUACAGCGAGUGAACUGUUACAUUACUCAAUACAGAUGACCACACUGCCUGAUAAAGAAAA